GUUUGCGAGCCACUUUCUCAAAUUAAUAUGCAAGGCUUGCUGGAGCUGGGGAUACACACCGCCUGCCCAGAAGAGUGCUUGGAGGAACGAGGCUUGAUCUCCCUCUUGUGGAAAAUUAUCAGAACUAAAUCCUUGUGAUACUAAAGAGGAAAAGUCCAUCAUUGGUGAACAAAUAAUGGCUGCAGUUACCAUGUCACCUGAUGCUCUUUUCAACCCUCAAGAGAAUGAAGAGAUGGACUCUCUGAUCGUACUGCAUUACAAUUACACAGGAAAACUUACGCGAAGGGAAAAGGCAACUGAUAACAUAGACCUGCCCACUAUUGCAUUUCUGAUCCUGUGUAGCUUCAUAGUCUUGGAAAACUUGAUGGUGUUGAUUGCCAUAUGGAAAAACAAUAAAUUUCACAACCGCAUGUACUUUUUUAUUGGCAAUCUAGCUCUCUGUGAUCUUUUAGCUGGGGUUGUUUACAAAGUGAACAUUCUUAUGUCUGGGAAGAAAACUCUGAGCUUGUCCUCCACAAUCUGGUUCAUUAGGGAAGGCAGCAUGUUUGUUGCCCUGGGAGCCUCCACUUUCAGCUUACUGGCAAUAGCUAUAGAGCGACAUUUGACCAUGAUUAAAAUGAGGCCUUACGAUGCAAAUAAAAAAUACAGGGUGUUCCUUCUUAUUGGUACAUGCUGGCUUAUUUCAGUUUCAUUGGGUGCUUUACCCAUCCUUGGGUGGAACUGUAUAAACAACUUACCAGACUGCUCAACCAUUUUGCCUCUGUACUCCAAGAAGUAUGUUGUGUUCUGCAUUAGUAUCUUCAUAGCCAUUUUGGUUGCCAUUGUCAUCCUUUAUGCCCGUAUCUACAUCCUGGUGAAAUCCAGCAGUCGUAAUGUCACUAACCACAGUAACUCGGAGCGCUCCAUGGCACUCCUUAGGACUGUCGUGAUUGUUGUUAGUGUCUUCAUUGCCUGUUGGUCUCCGUUGUUCAUCCUGUUCCUCAUUGAUGUGGCUUGCAGAGUCAAGGAGUGCUCUAUCUUGUACAAAGCCAACUGGUUUAUUGCUCUGGCAGUCAUCAAUUCUGCAAUGAAUCCCGUCAUCUACACUCUGGCCAGUAAGGAAAUGCGUCGGGCUUUCUUUCGCCUUGUUUGUGGCUGCCUAGCAAAAUCAAAGGUGGCCAGAUCUUUGCCUAUUCAGCCCACGCCAGAUCACAGUCGUAAAUCCAGCAGCAGCAAUACUCAGAAGCCAAAGGAAGAUUUCCCACCAAAGAAUGUUCCCUCUUGUAUUGCUGAGAAAAAUGAAUCUUCAUUUCACAAUGGAAACUUCUGUAAGUAAAGAACUCCUCAAGACAAGUACCUUUCUGUGGCUUUUAGAUUUAAACUACAAGUGUAGUUUAAGUAUUCAUGCACUUAAAUCACAGGGAAACACACUAACCACUUAUUUAACUUUGAGGACUUAUUUAUCAACAAUCAUUUGCUUUGGGCGUUCUUUCACUUAACACACCUGAUGCAGAAAAAGCCCUUUAUGCUACCCAACAGCAGGACAGAGUCCAUGCACAUCUGAUGACAUUGUGCACCACAAUGGCAUUGCACCGUGAGGCUGC